GACGUCACGUGGUUACUGUAGCUGCCUGCCUCCAUGCUGGGGUUGAUGUAACAGGCGUGUGGAUUGAUCAUUGUACCGGUGUUUGAGUUUCAUUGAUCGGAUAAACGGCAAUCAGACGGAUCUGUCAGCAGAUAUGUCGUACUGCAAACAGGAAGGUAAAGAUCGCGUCAUAUUUGUCACCAAAGAGGACCAUGAAGCACCCAGUAACGCUGAGCUAAUCGAAGAUGACCCUAAUGAUCCGUAUGAAGAUCACGGCCUUAUUCUACCUAAUGGUGACAUAAACUGGAACUGCCCGUGUCUGGGCGGUAUGGCCAGUGGCCCUUGUGGACAGCAGUUCAAGGAAGCCUUUUCUUGUUUCCACUAUAGCAAAGAGGAGGUGAAGGGGUCCGAUUGUGUGGAAAACUUCCGGAGUAUGCAGGAGUGUAUGCAGAAAUACCCCGAGCUCUACCCCCAGGAAGACGACAAUGACAGCGCCCCCUCUGGUGGGGCUGAUACUAUACCCAGCGAAUCCACUUCCACUGACUCUCUCCCUACAUCCUCUCCUGAUUCCGCACCAGCAGCCACAGAAAACCCAGCAGCUAGCUAAUAUUAUCCUGGCUACAUUCCCACCGCACCUCACAGCAGAGACAGCUCCACUUUCGUGUAUGCAGAGAUCAUAUCUAAAUCCGCCCCUGGAUAACUACGAUGCUCUCCACCUGACUGCAUGAUGCAUAGAGAUGGGGGAAGCCCUUAAACUUCAGGUUUUUUGAUUAAAAUAUUCAAAUGACAUUAACAUGCACUUGAGGGACCUAUAAAUAAUGAGUUUUGGGGAUCUGUAUGGUGAGUAUGGCCCCCUAUGAAUCAUCCAGCUUUGUAUUUUCUGGUUAUUAUUUGCUCCAAAACCAAAGCUUAGCUAGUUUGACUUCUGUACUACUACAGAUCAAAGGUCGUUUGGCGGUUGUACUUUGACGACUGUGCAGUUUUGGGAUGAAAAAAAUAACGAGUCUAUAUACAUUUCCUGUGCUGAUUUUUGGUGUAGAACACGAUUAAACAAUUUUAUGAUGAAGAAA